AGUCAUAAUCAUUCCACCGUAUCAUAUACUAUAUCAUCAUCCACCAUGUCGGUUGACCUCAAAUUCUCCGUCCAUGUGGCUAUAAUCACCAUCAACAAUCCCAAACAACUGGGCGCAUUAACUCAAGACAUGAUUGUACAAUUGGGACAUCAUCUCCGAACAGCAGCGGCGCGCGAGGAUGUUUAUGUCACUUUAUUGACUGGAACGGGCCGAUUUUUCUCCUCAGGAGCAUCAAUCCACGAAUCCCGGGCGCCGCCCAAGAAUUCCGACGCACGAACACAUUACGUGCAUCAUUUAGCCGAUCUUCUCGACAUAGCACAGACAUUCUACACACAUUCCAACAUCCUAGUAACGGCGCUUAACGGUCCCGUUGUCGGUUUAGCAUCUGCAUUAGUAUCGCAUUCAGAUUUCAUUUACGCGGCUCCACAUGCAUAUCUACUCGCGCCUUUCAAUUCCAUCGGUGUUGGUGUUGAAGGGGCGGCGACGAGAUCAAUGGUCCAUCGUAUGGGUGCAGGUCUAGCGAACGAGGCAUUAUUGAUGGCAAGACGUAUCACGCUGGAUCGAAUGCUAGCCUCGGGGUUUGUGAAUGGGGUUUUCGAAGCGGAAGCUUCAGGGAAAGAUGCGGAGAGGUUUGCGGAAACGGUGAGGAAGGAGGUUUGUGUUGGCUUGUUGGGUGAUCAUUUGAGUUCGGCUAGUAUGUUGAGAACGAAGCAGAUCAUGUCGAGGUCGGUGGAGAAUGAGCAUGAUGCUCAUGCGGUGAGGGAAUUGGUGGCCGGUGUAGAGGCGUUUGAACGUGGUGUGCCGCAAGAACAGUUGAGGAAGUUGUCGAGGAGGGAGAGGAGGCAUAAAAUGUAGUGAUGA